AUGCGAAAUUGGCAGAACAAGCUGAAAGAUACGAAGGUAUUAUCAAAAUAUUUAGUGACACAGCUAGAGAUGGUUGGAUUUAUGGAUUCCAUUUCAAAAUUAGGAGUUGAACUCACCUCUGAAGAAAGGAAUUUGUUUUCGAUAGGUUACAAAAAUUUCAUGGGCGCAAAGCGGCUUGCGUGGCGUGCGAUCGCUCUAGAUGUUGAGCAAGCAGAGAGAAGGGCUGCUCGUGAAGUUCCUUGUUUAAGACGUUUCAAAGAUGUAAUCGAAGAAGAAAUGCGCCAACUUGCUCACAAGCUUAUUCAUUUAAUUGAUACGUCAUUAUUCAAGCCAGAACUAGAAGGCGAACCAAAGGCUUUUUACCUAAAAUUUGCCUACAAAGAUGCCUACGAAGUUGCUACGAGCUUACUUCCACCGACACAUCCAAUAAGACUUGGAAUUGCUCUGAACUUUUCUGUAUUCUACUAUGAAAUCGCGAAUUCGGCUGACCGAGCUUGUAAGCUUGCGAAACAAGCCUUUGAUGAUGCAAUUGCCGAAUUGGACAAUAUCUCUGAGGACAACUACAAGGAUGCAACGCUUGUUAUGCAGCUCAUUCGCGACAACUUGACACUCUGGACUACAGAUAUGGCGUCCGCCACCGCGCAAGAAGAGAAGAGACCAGUACGAUAA